UCGUAGCGUGUUUGACUUAAUGUUCAUAGGUUAGAAUAGAGUUGCCAAUAUUCUUGUACGAGAAGCAAGGAAAAAAUGUUAGGACUUGUCACACAUGGUCGUAAUUUUCAGAAUUCUAACGUUUACAAGAAAUUUUGGAUCAAAAACUUGUUUUUACAUACCACUGACAGUACCAGGCAGAUUUUAUUUUGGACUCCUCGCCUUCCUGUCGUCAGAUGCUCGGACUACUUUUUAGUCACUGGAAUUAGGUGUUGCAAUGGUAAUGCACUGGAUCAUGCACAAAAGAAGAAAAAUGUACGAGAGCCUAAGCCACUUUUCACGCCAGUUAAAUAUGCUUUAGCCAGCGUGGGUUUAAUUGGCGAAAAAGUAGUUCAACAAAAGAGGCAUUGCUUUCAUCCUGGUUCUUCAAAUUUAGGACGGGAGGGAAUUGGCUUCAAAGAUGCGGCACCUGUUACUGCUACCCAAAUGCUGACAUCUAUGUUCGAUUAUAUUUGGCCCAAGGAUGAUGAGGAAAUAAAGAAGAGGGUUAAAAUGGCUAUUGUUUUAUUAAUUGGAGCAAAAGUUUUGAAUGUAUCUGUGCCUUUUCUUUUCAAAUACGGUGUAGAUACAUUCAGUACAGCAGGAAGCUUAGGGACUUCUCCAGAGACAGUAGCAACUAUAGCGACAUCAAUUCUUAUUGGAUAUGGUAUCGCACGAGCUGGUGCAGCAGGAUUUAAUGAACUACGCAAUGCAAUAUUUGCCAAAGUUGCACAAAAUUCCAUACGCAAAAUAGCUAGAAAUGUGUUUCAGCAUUUACACGAUCUGGACUUAGCAUUUCAUUUAUCACGACAAACCGGCGCACUGUCUAAAACAAUAGAUAGAGGAAGCCGUGGUAUCAACUUUGUACUGACAGCUAUGGUAUUUAAUGUAGUUCCUACAGUCUUUGAAUUAGCUUUGGUCAGUACGAUAUUAGGUUUGAAAUGUGGGUCGGAAUAUGCAAGUGUAGCUUUGGGUUGCGUUCUUACUUAUGCAGUAUUCACACUUGCAGUUACGCAAUGGAGAACAAAAUUUAGAGUAUUCAUGAACAGAGCGGAAAACGAAGCAAGUAACAAAGCUAUUGAUUCUCUGAUCAAUUAUGAGACAGUGAAGUACUUCAAUAAUGAAAAGUUUGAGGCGGAAAAGUAUGAUGCUUCUCUAAAGAAGUACGAGACUGCUUCAUUGAAGACGAAUACCAGUUUAGCCAUGUUAAACUUUGGCCAACAGGCUAUUUUCAGCACUGCUCUAAGCUUAAUAAUGGUCUUAGCAGCUAGAGACAUCAUAAAUGGAAACUUGACCGUUGGGGACUUGGUAAUGGUAAAUGGUUUAUUGUUUCAACUCUCGAUACCUCUUGGAUUUUUGGGUUCUGUGUACCGGGAAGUGAGACAAGCUUUUAUUGACAUGCAGGCCAUGUUUUCUAUCAUGACAAUCGACCCUGCUAUCAAGAACAAGAUCAAUGCAGAUCCUUUUAGUGUGAUGCCUAAGAACGCUGUAAUUUCUUUCGACAAAGUUAAGUUUCAGUAUGUUGAAGGCAAGACAAUUUUUGAUAAUAUGUCUUUUACGAUCCCGAGCGGAAAGAAGGUGGCUAUUGUUGGUGGUUCCGGCACUGGAAAAUCCACGCUGGUGAGGCUGCUAUACAGGUUUUUUGAACCUAACAGUGGAAGUAUUUACAUUAAUGGGAAAAAUAUUCAAGACAUCGACGUAAAUGAUCUCAGAAAAUCCAUUGCCAUUGUACCUCAGGAUUCAGUAUUGUUUCACGAUACAAUUUUCUAUAAUCUGCAUUACGGAAAUUUUGCUAAGACUAAAGAGGAAGUUUACGAAGCAUCAAAAAUGGCUAAUCUACACGACUCUAUUUUAAACUGGCCCAAAGGAUAUCACACGGAGGUAGGAGAAAGAGGAUUGAAAUUGUCUGGUGGUGAAAAGCAGCGAGUUGCAAUAGCGCGAGCUAUUCUAAAAGGCAGUCCAAUACUUGUAUUCGACGAAGCCACGUCAUCUUUGGACUCUAUUACAGAACAGAAUAUUCUUGAGGCCCUACGUCGAGCCACCACUGGAAGAACUUCUAUAGUAAUAGCGCAUCGUCUAUCGACUGUUAUGGAUGCAGAUGAAAUUUUCGUCUUGAACAAUGGCGCUUUAGUGGAAUCCGGAAGCCAUACAGAUUUACUUGGCAAAUCAAAUUCAUAUUAUUCUAAAUUAUGGGACGCACAGCACGCCGGUUUAAAAAAACCUUAGAUUGAGCAGCUGUUAAUUCUAAGCUGAACCAAGAGUUAAAGAAGAUUCUGGAAUUAUAUCGUUUAAAUAUUGUAUAUAAAUAUUUACGCUUUCGGAUCUUAAAAAAACCGUGUUUGAAUGUGAGGUUAUAUGUGAAUACUCUUUAGGGUCCAGGUGUACACUACCGAUGGAAAAUCGGGUAGUGAAUUAUAAAUUCUCAAACAAUCAAAUGAAAUGUUCCUAAAAUUUCCAUCGCGAGUGUUUAAAUAAUAUCAACGUGACUGUUAUCGACUUUUUUAUUACCUUCCUAUAAAAUUCAAAACGAUGGUACAAAUUGCAUACGGAUUCUAUUGUUGUAAGAGAUGAAAGUAAUGUAAUAAGCAUAAGUGAUUUUAUCCACGGAAAAUAUUGCCAAUAAAAAAAUAGAUUCAUAGUUUUUUCGUAAAUCAAAACUGCACGUUAAGUAUCUCGCGUUUGUGAAUAUUGACUGUCUUAUUACCAAACACGCUUCUAUCGACAUCUCAAUGCUUAAGCGUCUUCUCCCAUAUCGGGCCUAUGCUCUAUACUAUCUAUUCUGGGAAGUGCAUUAUGUAUCCUUCAAUAUUGGAGUUGCAACUUAAACUUUCAAUUCUCGAUGUUUAGUAAAUAGAAGUGACUAUAGCUAUAGAAAGUAGUAUGUAAUUAUUUGUAUGUUUACACAAAUAAAG